ACCCCACUCUCCAAUGGUCCCAACUCCCAAAGAAAUACCUCUCAACUUAGCUCCAAAUAUGAUCUCCCUCUCUAACAAGCCACAGUUAUCUUUACUACUACUAUUAAACACUAGACUAGACUAGAAUCCAUAGUCCCCACCUUAGUGCCACAUGCAUUAUUUCACCACCAUAUACUAUUAUUACUACUAAUAUGCUUCUUUGUCUUUCUCCUACAACGGUCUCUUCUUUGUUAAUGUCUUCUAAUAGUAUCAGUUAACCAAAUUCUCCUCAGUAGGAGGGAAACAAAAAAAAAAGAUGUCUGGGUUUCUGAGCGAUGAACUCUCAAAAAGAACCUCAAUUUUUGGUCUACGUUUAUGGGUCGUUUUGGGUAUUUGCGUUGGAGCUGCAAUUGUGUUAGUUCUCUUCCUUAUCUCUCUCUGGUUCACUACAAAACGUAACAAUAAAAAAACAACUCUUUCAGUUUCAGCUAAGAAAAACAAAAACAACAACCCCAAUAUUCCUAAGGUAUCCAAAGAAAUUCAAGAAAUCCGAAUUGACCCAUCACGGACUCUACCCGAAAACCCGAAAUUACUCCCACCUCCGGUUCCGGACCCAUUACCCGAACCCGAGGAAGACACCCAGAAUUCAAGUGGUCAUCAGAGAAUCCAUAUUGAAGUCGGAAAGGGUCAUAAGAUUGCCUAUCCGGAUCGGGUCGGGUUAGGUGGCGGGUCAAGUCAUGGUAGUGGAGAAGUAUGUUCUGUUGAGCAGGCUAUUAUUGCUGUGCCUGAGGUUUCACAUUUGGGGUGGGGCCAUUGGUAUACACUGAGAGAGCUUGAGAUUGCAACUAAUUUCUUUGCUGAUGAAAAUGUGAUUGGUGAAGGUGGUUAUGGAAUUGUUUACCGUGGAGUUAUGGAAGAUAGCAGUAAUGUUGCUGUUAAGAAUUUGCUCAAUAACAGGGGACAAGCAGAGAGGGAGUUUAAGGUUGAGGUUGAAGCAAUUGGUCGAGUUCGGCAUAAGAAUUUGGUGAGGUUACUCGGUUACUGUGCUGAGGGAGCUCACAGGAUUCUUGUGUAUGAGUAUGUGGACAACGGGAACUUAGAACAGUGGAUCCAUGGAGAUGUAGGGCCGUGCAGUCCUCUUACAUGGGAAAUUAGAAUGAAUAUCAUUCUUGGAACAGCUAAAGGGUUAACCUAUCUGCAUGAGGGCCUCGAACCCAAGGUUGUUCACCGUGACAUUAAAUCAAGCAAUAUUUUGCUCGAUAAGCAAUGGAAUCCAAAGGUGUCAGACUUUGGCUUGGCAAAGCUUUUGGGCGCUGAAAAGAGCUACAUUACUACUCGGGUUAUGGGAACAUUUGGUUACGUUGCUCCGGAAUAUGCUAGCACUGGCAUGUUGAAUGAGAGAAGUGAUGUGUAUAGUUUUGGAAUUCUUAUUAUGGAGAUCAUUAGUGGAAGGAAUCCGGUGGAUUACAGCCGUCCUCCUGGAGAGGUAACUCUGGUUGAUUGGCUUAAAAUAAUGGUUUCAAACCGGAAUGCGGAGGGUGUUUUGGAUCCCAAGUUGGCGGAGAAGCCUUCUUCAAGAGCACUGAAACGUGUCCUUUUGGUAGCAUUACGCUGUGUCGACCCCAAUGCUCAGAAGAGGCCAAAAAUGGGACAUGUGAUACACAUGCUUGAAGCUGAUGAUUUUCCCUUCCGUGAUGAGCGACGAGCUUCGAGGGAACAUGGUCGCUUAUAUCGUGAUGGCGUGAAAGAGAGGGUAAUGGACAAGCGUAUAAUUGAAUCAGGUGAUAGCAGUGGAUACGAAAGUAGUGUGCACACCAACCGGUCUUUCUUGAGGAAGCAAGAAACUGAUGAUGAGCACCAGUAGCCGCACCACGAGUAUUAGGAGGUCAAUUCCAACCCCUUUUGUUUCUGCCACUUAUUUUGGAGAUAGUACAUGUAAAUAUCAUUCACUUCCCUUCUGCAUUUGGGUUAAUUCAGCAGUCACGGACUCACGGUAGGUUUUGUAGCAUAGCUCUUGUUAUUAGUGUAUGUAAUUGCCCUCAAUUUUGUUAUGAGCAUAGCUGUUCUUAUCUGUGAGUUCUCAGUUUUUUAUUUGCUGUGUGUUGGUUUGAGGCGUUUGCCCAAAUGAAAGGACAUGAUUGGAUA